UAAGUACAUAGUAAGAAGCUGCUGCAUAAGGUGAUUUUUUAAAUCUAGAGACUUGACUUUUAUGCAUAAAAAAUAGAACAAAUUAAUGGUGUUGUGAAUGAAAUUUUUGCAUAAGUAGUUAAUUGUAAAUAAUGAAAACAGCACAAGAUUAAUUUUUAAAAUUCCUUAAGUAAUUACAAAUUGAAUAGAACAAAGAGAAAUAAUUAUAUAAACACAAAUAAAAAACUAAGUAAACUAAAAAUUAACGCAGCAUUAAUUUUUUUGCCUCGUGCACUCUCAUUGUGAUACAUAGCGCUAAAUCGCUACAAAAUGACCAGCAAUCAAGAGGUAGUUGUCGCCUCACCCGUCACACCACAUCCACCGCCUAAGGAUCGCAAGCUAUGGCGUGAUCUUACCGCCUAUUGGAUAUUGGGUCUCUGCAACAACUAUGGCUAUGUGGUGAUGUUGAGUGCAGCACACGAUAUUAUUGCGCAAUUUCAAGAUUCAGAGGUCGAUGAUAAUACCACAGAGAAUACGGACGAUGAUACACGUAAAUGUCAUCUGGUGUCGACUGGUGCGAUUUUGCUGGCUGACAUCUUGCCGUCGUUGUGUGUGAAAAUUGUGAUACCGUUCCUGCCAUUUUGGGUGAACUUCAAAAUUCUGCUCGCUGUUCUGCUAUCAGCUUCAGGUUUUUUGCUAGUUGGCUUUGCCACAGCCGAGUGGAUGGCAUUGCUGGGCGUGGUCAUUACUUCGGCGAGUAGUGGAAUAGGCGAACCGACUUUCCUGUCUUAUUCGUCGCACUUCCAUAAAAACGUCGUUUCCACUUGGUCAUCUGGUACUGGUGGCGCCGGUGUAAUUGGUUCACUCUCCUAUGCCUCUCUUCGAGCGCUUGGUGUUAGUCCACGUGAUACUAUGCUCAUUAUGUUGUUCUUCCCAGCAUUAGAAGCAUUCUCUUUUUGGAUUAUACUACGAAAGCCCGUAAUAAUGCCACUCCACACAUCGGCGCUGGAAUCUACAGAGGAAUUGGUGAUUGACGAAAAACCAUUGCGUGGAUUCAAAGAGAAAUUGGUUUACAUCAAGACACUGUUUCCUUACAUGUUGCCGCUGGCGUUGGUCUACUUCUUUGAGUAUUUCAUUAAUCAGGGAUUGUUCGAGCUUGUCUACUUCGAGAACAGCACAUUGUCGCAGGCUGCACAAUAUCGUUGGUUCAAUGUCGAUUACCAAAUUGGCGUCUUCAUCUCCCGUUCUUCAGUAAAUUUGUACAAAAUCAAGAAAAUCUGGCUGAUGGCUGUCUUUCAGUUUGUCAACGUUGCUUACUUCCUUACCGAGGCUAUAUACUUCUAUACACCAACCAUUUGGAUCACACUGGUCGUUGUGCUGUGGGAGGGCUUACUGGGCGGUGGCGCUUAUGUAAACACCUUCUAUCGCAUGUCCAAAGAGAUUACGCCAGGUCGUAGACGGUUCGCUAUGGCUAUGGUCACACAAUCGGAUGUAGGUAUCGCGUUGGCUGGCUUCUUGGCCAUUCCAUUGCAUAAUGAUUGUUCACUACCGCCGGCAUAUCGGAAAGUUGUAUGGUGACACAAGUAGUGGAGAUAAGGGAGGGUAAUUUUUCAAGUGUAGUUUAAGUUAGUAGGUAGUAAGUUAGCGUAAAAUUCGAGGAGAUCGUAGGGCCAAGUCCAAUUGUAAACAUGUAUUCAAGGGUUGAACUUGACAGCUCGGCGGUUUUAUAUGAAGCCUUUUAAAGAUAAAUUAGUUUGUAAGAUAAUUAUUGUUUUAUUUAAGAACUAUUAAAACUCUAGGUAUACAUAGCUGUUACUUACGUAAAUAAGUACAAAAACUCAAAGCAACUGUAUAUUUACCUUUUCUGUAAAAGAAAAGGCGCAACUAAUUCAGGGACUUAUUGCGAUAGCACAGGUAAAUUGAUAUUUUUAAUAGAUGAUAAUGUAAAGAUUGACUUGGAAGAGCUUACGCUAAGAAACAAGUUGUAAACCUCACGUAAGAUUGUUAAAAUUGUUACUUAUACAUAAGACUAGAGUUACCCGGCCACGCAUUGCUGUGGCUCAGUCAAAUAAAAUGGAAAUAUCAAACUCAGAGAA